GGAGGGGGGAGUUGCUCGAUUUUAGGCAUUGAAAAGGAGGGGGAAGCAAAUCGGCAUUUGAUGCAAAAGGGGGUGGAACCGAGCCAUGACAGCAGCAGGGAGCAGCAAUGGUUUUGGUACCACAGCUUGGUGGGGCUUUUCUCCAGCACUUGAUCUACAAGCAACAUGUAGAUCUGGAGACCUCUACGGAGCAUCUGCACAUGUCCCAGGAUGGCAUUCCUGUACUGAAUAUUCUGCUUGUGGGAUCCAUUGAUGGUCGUCAUGUUCUCAAGACCAUGUGUCAGGCACACCGAUGGCCACGGAGGAAAAUCAAUUUUUACGUGCUGGAGAAUAAUCUGGAGACGCUGGGACGGCACUUGCUGUUUCUGAGCCUGGCACUGGAGCCUCUAGAGAAGAUGGGCCUGCAAGAGAAGAGUGAGACAUUCUUGGAGCUGAUGGGGAAUACUCUGCUCCGGAGCCAGACAGCUGCGUACUUGCAGGAGAAGUCGGACCUUUUCAUCCGUUAUGUCACAGACCCCUGUUUCCAGGAGGCUCACCUGCCCACGUUGGACUUGUCUGCCCUGAAGUUCAAGGAGCGGGACCAGCUGGAGGCAAUUUUUCGGUUCUGGAAGAACCCUGAUCCACAGGCUUUCCAGAUUGAGCAGCUUUGGGAUCUGCGGCUCCGGCAGUACUUGGGCACCCGCUAUGACUCCCGCCGUGGGGUUUGCGACUGGGAUCUCACCAUGAAGUUGCACGAGCAUGGGGCCAAAGUAAUAAAUUCCCGUGAGUUUUUCCGGUGGCGUAACACAGGCGUGGCAUUUGAGAUGCGGGAAGCCUCUUAUGACAUCCCCAACAAGACUCUGGCAUCUGGCCAUCUCCUCAGACACAAAGGAGAGCCGAUGUCAGCACGGGGAUACUGGGGAGACAUUGCCACCGGCCCCUUCAUCACCUUUGGAACUGAGACCGAAGAGACCAGUCUUCUGAAAACCAUCAACGGCCUUCCUAGCAAGAGUGCCCAGGAAAUCUCCUUGCACAAUCUCACUGCCCUGUUCCACGAACUCAGCUAUCGCUCCCGCUAUGAUCCACCAACCGCCUCUGACAAAGAUGGAGACAAGGGCAGCUUGCAAGGGCCUGAUGACCCCACCACAUUAGAUGCUCUCAAUGGCCCUCCCUCCACAGAAGAUAUCCGAGUCCACUUCCUGCCUCUCAACUGCCUCCCUCAGCUCCAUCAGAAGGGCAGAUUCCAGCAGCUCUUCAAUCUCAUCUUCUUCUCUUGCAGCAUGGUGCACCUCCUGAAACCAGAACUUCAUCGGGUGUCUGCCCCGAAAGCCACUCUCCUUAUUGAGCUGACAAACUUUCUUCCUGACCUCCGCAAGGAGCAGGUGUCUGAGUUUUCCUCUCGAGUUGGCAACCUGGUGAAGGCGACAGGGUUCGUGCCCGUGGAAACGCCAAGCAAAGAAGCGUUCUCCUUGUUCCAGCUGGGGGAUCCUCCUGAGAUGGCAGAGCCAGGCCUCUGAGGUCCCCGCCCCCCCCCUUUUCAUUAGUCUUAUUUUGAAUGUUUAUUUUUUUAAAAAUGCUCCUCUUAAUAAAUAAGAUCCUGCUGUAUAACAUU